CGCCAGGGCAUUGAGAGCAUCUGCGGAAGCAGAUCGCGGAGGGUGCGGGUGGGCCUCGUCGGAGUGUUGGGAUUUGAGCUGCGGUUCUCGAACCCAGGAUCUCGAAAUGCAUCGUGAUUCCUGUCCAUUAGAUUGUAAGGUGUAUGUAGGUAAUCUUGGAAACAAUGGGAACAAGACUGAAUUAGAACGGGCAUUUGGCUAUUAUGGACCGCUCCGAAGUGUGUGGGUUGCUCGAAACCCCCCUGGCUUUGCUUUCGUUGAAUUUGAGGAUCCCCGAGAUGCUGCUGACGCUGUCCGAGAGCUAGAUGGAAGAACACUAUGUGGCUGCCGAGUGAGAGUGGAGCUGUCGAACGGUGAGAAAAGAAGUCGGAAUCGUGGCCCCCCUCCCUCUUGGGGUCGUCGCCCUCGAGAUGAUUACCGUAGGAGGAGUCCUCCACCUCGGCGAAGAUCUCCAAGAAGGAGAAGCUUCUCUCGAAGCCGGAGCAGGUCACUUUCUAGAGAUAGGAGAAGAGAGAGGUCUCUGUCUCGUGAGAGAAACCACAAGCCGUCUCGAUCUUUCUCUAGGUCUCGUAGCCGAUCUAGGUCAAAUGAAAGGAAGUAGAAGACCAGUUUGCAAAAGAAGUGGUGUACAGGAAGUAACUUCAUUUGACAGGAGUAUGUACAGGAAAUUCAAGUUUUGUUUGAGACUUCAUAAGCUUGGUGCAUUUUUAAGAUGUUUUAGCUGUUCAUGUUCCCUUAAGCAAGAUUGAAUUUGCUUUGAACUUUAGUUUUUCAUAGACUGAAAUAAACCUAGAUCCUGCCCAGUUAAAGUGUGAUGUACUAAUGAUAAACCACUGAUGGAAAUUGACAAAACUAGUUUAUUAGCUGGAUUACAGUCUGGAGCUGUGGGUGAAAUGACAAGCAGUCUGUAAAAGCUGCUGUUAACACAAGUUAACAGGGAAAGGGUGGGAACUGCACUCUGAAGACUUUGAAAGCGGUUCCUCACUGAUUGCCAUCUAUGGAGGAAGCUGUUUGUAACAUUCUUUAUUUGGAAAUGGAAGACUAAGUUACCAGUUGGUUUAAGGGUACAUUGUAGAGCUGAACCUUUGAGUUACUGUGCAAGAUUUCUUUUUCAUGC